AUGGAGUGUUUAUGCUUAUCAUCAGCUAUAAUAAUUUUAUUGACUUCAACAAGUUGUUGCAGAUAUUUUGCUAAUAAUCCAGAAACAGAAAACUUAAUAACUGCUGAUUCACAAGCCUCAUCUAGGGAAGUUUCACGCACAAACACUUCAGUUCAUCAAGUUCAAAUUGAAGGAAGCAAUAAUAAUCUUAAUUAUAUUUUUACGAAUCCACCUCCAAGCUACGAGGAAGCUAUGGCUCUUAGCGAUAAUUAA